CCUCACCGAGUCGGCCACGAGUGCAGCUUCUACGAAGACUUCGCUUUACGAGGCAUCCGAGUCGACCCCUGCCUCGUUUCUUGUACCUUCACCGUGCCUCCUCGCCUCACUGACAGGAGUGGGAAGCUAGCCACCAGAGCGAUUGCCAACCUGGUCGAUGAGGUGGGAGGCGCGGUGGUUCACGUGGAAGGUCUUCCCAUGAAUGUCUCCGUCGAUAUGUCCAUCUCCUUUCUCGCCUCAGCUAAGCUCCAUGAUGAGUUGGAGAUUAUUACCUCCAGAGUGUUGGGGCAGAAAGGCGGCUACGCUGGAACGGUUGUGCUGGUGAAGAACAAGCAGACUGGGGAGUUGUUCGGCUAA